AUGGCACUGUCCUCAACGGCUAACCACUGUGUUCGGUUUAGGUCACAAUUGACCCUGGGUUUGCUGUCGGUAAGCAACAGCUCGAAAGGAUAUAUUAUCCCUGCAUUUCUAACCUCGUUCAAGGCAGUGCCUCUCGUUCCAACAGCCUGCAGGUCGUGUGAUCCCGGUUACCCCCUUGCUCUUGAUGCCGAGUUUGUCGGUACCGGCAACGACUACAUCCAUGCGGACCCGGACAACAAGCACUUGCGCUUGAAUGCGCACGGAGUCAUCAAGACCAAGGAUGAGGCUGUAUGUCACGAUCUGACGUGCAACCAACAGUUGCUCUAUAUGAACUACACCGGUGUCGUAACAAUGGGGCCUGCGGAACAGGCUGUAUUCUCUGGCAAUGCCGAGGACGGCGCGACGCCGUUUGGAAACUCCUUUACUCACUUUACCUUUGAGACCGGUGAUGAGCGCUACAAGGAGUUCGAGAACCGAGUAUUCGUCGGCCAGGGCCGAUUCCGAGUCGAGAAGGGUAAGCCCGUUGUUGUCGAAUAUAAGGUCAGCCAGGUCGUCAAGGGUUAG